GCGGAAUUUUUUUGUGGUGGACCUUAUAUGGCUGCUUCUUGGCCUAAGGAAAAAGGUUGUAAUAAUGAAUUCGGUGCAAUCGGAACAUUGGUAUUUAGUGAUGACAAUGGCCACCAUGAACAACUUAUUGAUGAUGAUGCUUUAUGGCUUGAUGACUCAACGAGUAGUACCACAUUCAAUAUCUUAGGGACAAUUGAUCAUAACAAUAAACCUAGCAAUGUAUGGGCUGAUGUUUGGGCUACAGUAUAUUGGGCAUGCCAAAAAGAAAAUUGUGCUUCCGAACAUUUACACUUACGG